AUACUGUCCCAAAACGCUACAAUUUCAUAUGGAAUAUUACAACUGAAAAGCUAAAUGAGAAACCGCGUAGAAGAAAAGUUCCUCGAGUUCUACGAGAGUUGGAUUUUUCAACUCGAGCAAUAUCUUCAUCAACUCUUAAUUGCUCAUAACAACAUCAACACUAUGAGUGAGAUCGAGCUUCGAGGUUUGAUCUCAAAGCUUACUGCACACCACAAAGCUUACUACACAGCGAAAUGGGCAGCCAUCGGAGAAGACAUUUUAGCCUUCUUUGGACCGGUUUGGCUAAACCCGUUAGAGAAAUCUUGUUUUUGGUUAACCGGAUGGAAACCAUCGACGGCGUUUCGGAUGCUCGAUAGGCUGAGAAAGUCGUGGAGGCCGACGGUGGUGCUUGUGGAGGCUCAGGUGAGGAGGUUGGAGGAGCUGCGAGUUAAGACGAGGUUCGACGAAGAAAGAAUUGAGACAGAGAUGGAACGAUAUCAGGUGGCUAUGGCUGACAGGAAAAUGGUGGAGCUGGCGAGACUUGGAUGUCGUGUCGGUGGAGUCGAAGGAGAAUCUACAGUGUUGGUUGAGGCGGCGGUGAAGGGAUUAGCGACGAGGCUUGAAAAGAUGGUGAAGGCGGCAGAUUGUGUGCGGCUGAAAACGCUUAAGGGUAUUUUAGACGUUUUAGCUCCGCCCCAGUGUGUUGAGUUUUUGGCAGCGGCGGCUGCGUUUCAGGUUCAGUUACGUCGGUGGGGAAACGAAAGGCAUAAUGUCACUCACUCCUAUGGUUCCUGACACAUACGUAAGUACUUUUGUUUCGUCCUUGCCAUAUACCUGUUUUUUAUUUUCAUAUGUAUGAACAAAAAAAUGAAUUAAGUUCCAUUACCUCUUUUGAAAUCUUCAAAAUAUUCGAACUACAAAAGAAACAUAUCCCUGACUGGCUGUCAUAUUAACUUCGAGAAGUUUCUGUGAUAAAACACUGAUUACCAAUAGGUUGUUUUUGGAAUGUUUUUACUACGAGAACUUAUACAUUUGCUUGUCAAUAAUUUUGGAAAUGCUUGGGAAAAUGGCAUCUCUUUAUCAUCACAACUCUUCAACUGAUACUUUCCAAUUUAAAUCAUUUUUAUUAUUUGGAAAAGAAUGUUUUGAAAAUUGGCUCUUUUCAACAUAACUUUUCAUUUUGUAAGAUAAGACUAAAUAUAGAAUAAAAAGCUAAAUCGAAUUAGACUGUUACAAGGCGAUUCUAAUGACUAUUGUCGUAAUCACCAUUUUUCUGCAACUCUCAUCGAAGGAUGUUGAUUCUGUGAAGAUCCAUGGAAGAGUUCGUUUUCUAUAAGACUAUAACUCUAUUUGCACUGGACUCGUCACUACGGAAUAUCCGGUUGUGUUCAUCCGCAAUUGACAACACUUUAAUUUGUAUCUUGCUUGUGUACACAUACUUUCUCCGUAAUGCAUCUCGAGAUCCUGUUUCAAAACAA